ACCGCCGACAGCAGCAGUCCAAGAUGGCCGCGGCGACCGUGGCGGGGCUCGGACCCCGCGCGAUGGAGGAGAAGAAGUUCGAGUACUUCUCCUCCAUCAACUCGAUGGCCAAGAAGAUCAUGCAGGAGCGGGAGAAGAUCAAGAGCCAGCACGGGCCCACGUGGCAGCAGAUGACGCCGCAGGAGCAGGACAGCGCCAUCGACCGCUGCUUGAUGGACCCGCACGUCCGGGCCCGCUACGCCAUGCACCGAGUGGAGCGCCAGGAGGUGGUGUGCUACCCCAAGAUGCUGCUGCACACCGGCCAGAAGAUCGUCCACUUCGGCGAAGAGGACAUCACCUGGCAGGAUGAGCACUCGGCGCCCUUCUCCUGGGAGACCAAGAGCCAGCUGGAGUUCAGCCUGACUUCAGGCUCCGAGUCGGGACUCUCCGCCCCUCAGUCCGAUUCCAAGGCAGCCAAAGCUCCGCACUCCAACCAGCUGGCCAAAAGUGCUCUGGGCACCAAGGCCACGGUCAGCGAGAGCCGCCGGCCUGAGGAGGAGUCGGCCUUCUGGAAGAUCAGCGCUGAGAGGUCCAGACUGGAGGGGGAGAAGGCCGACUUCCAGUCUCUCACCCCGAGUCAGAUCAAGUCCCUGGAGAAAGGAGAGAAGCCCCUGCCCUCGUACCUCAGACAGGAGACGUCGGUGUCCACAGAUCCAGAGCCAGUGGACCCGCCGGCGCCCCCUCCUGCUCCGGCCAAGCCCAUCAAGCAGCGGGCCCCCAAACCUCCGGCCCCGCCGCCGCCCGUGGGGGUCAGCGCCACGCCGGCCUCCAUCUCCAUCUCCCCGAAUCCUCCGCCGCCAGUGAGCGUCUUGCCGUCGGCGGGCGGGUGGGAGCGAUCUCAGAGCACCCUGCCCUCCGUCGGCAACACGCCGGACGACGUCUUCUCCUCCAGCCUCAUGUCCAAGUCCCCGAAGCUCUCGCCGAGUCUGGAGAAGGGGAAGGAAGAGGAGCCUUCGCCCAGCAGCCCCACCUUUUCACAGUUCAACACGAGCAGCAACAUCCUGAAGAGCGGAUUUGACUUCCUGGACAACUGGUAACCCUGGCGCCCCACUGCCUCCCACACCUGGCUACCCCUCGCCUUCAUCACCGUUAUUAUGAUUACCAUGUUCAUCACCGCCUCCGUGUUCGCCUUCACCUCGAGACCGCCCCCUUUCCUCGUCGGGGUCUGCCGACCAACACAAACGUGCUUCUAUGGUUACACUUGGUCACUUUAUGCAUCUGUAAAAUGUGGAGAUUUUCUUGCCUGGACUUUGUGUUCGUCGAGUCAGAUAAAGGUUGGAGUCCGGGCCAGUAGAGUAGUGUUGCUUGCCAAAGAGUGAUCUUAGCAGCGUGCGAGCUUUGGAUCAGCUUCUUACCGCUUGGUUGUGAGCGAGCCUUUCCUGAAGCCGUCGACGUUUCCUCUCCCUUCCUUCUCCAGUGAACCCCGUCGUCCCCCAGAUUCCUUUUGUCCUUUAUAUUUAAGACCUGCUCGUGUGAAGAUUGUAUUUUGGUAGUAGAUAUUCUAUCGACAUUUGUUUGUAGCAAGCAGCGGCGACUAUAUUCUCUCUUGUGCGUGAGAGUUGACCAGGGUUUCUAGAUAAAUCAUCGCAGCAUCUGAAGUCAAUAAAACCAAUAUGCAAAGUU